CUUGCUAGCUCCUUGCCUUGCCUUGCCUUUGCCUUCCCUCCGCGCGAGGAGAAGAGCCAGCGGACGGACGGAGCACAGGAAAGCCGGACGGACGGACGGAGCCGGACGCGCGAGAUGGAGAUGGCGGGGGCGGCCGAAGCGGACACGCCGUCGCAGGAGCCGGUGCGCACGGGCCGGAGCAACACCAUCCUGCUCCCCAUCGGCGGCAUCCUCCUGGCCUACCUGCUCUACCGCUUCCUCCGCCCGCGCCUCCGCGGCCUGCGCCUCGACCUGCCCGCCUGGCUGCGCUGCCGCCGCGCGCCGACCGGCGGGGGCGCCGUGCUGCCCUACUUCGCGCCCAUCGCCGACCGCCUCGGCGCCGUCGCGCUGCCGUACCUCGGCGCCUUCGCCGGCCCGCAGGCGGCGCUCCUCAGGUUCCCCGGCGGGGAGGCGCUGUCGGUGGCCGCCAUCCUCGAGGCGCCCGGGGAGGUCGUCGCCAAGUCCGCGCACAGCACGCUGUACCGCGCCGCCGUGCGCUCCGGGGAGGCCGCCGUGCUGCUGAGGUUCGUGCGCCCCGCGUGCGCCGACGAGGCCUUCGCCGCCGCCGCCGCGCGGCGGAUCGGCGCCGUCCGCCACCCCAACCUCGUGCCGCUCCGCGCGGUGUACGUCGGCCCCAGGGGCGAGAAGCUGCUCGUCUACCCCUUCUACGCCGCCGGCUCGCUCCAACGCUUCUUGCAAGAGGGGAUCGCGGAGUCGCAAAGAUGGAGCAUAGUGUGCAAGCUCUCCAUCGGCAUCGCCAGGGGGCUAGACCACCUGCACACGGGCCUGGACAAGCCGAUGGUCCACGGCAACCUCAAGACGAGCAACGUGCUCCUGGACGCCAGCUACGACGAGUGCAGGGUGUCGGACUACGGGCUGCACCUGCUGCUGAGCCCCGCCGCGGCGCAGGAGGCGCUGGAGGCCGCCGCGGCGCAGGGGUACGGGGCGCCCGAGCUGGCCAAGGCGCGGGACGCCACGCGGGAGAGCGACGUGUACAGCCUCGGGGUGGUCCUGCUGGAGCUGCUGGCAACCGCGCCCGCGGGCGGCGACGGCGUCGGCGACGGCAUCCUCCUCCUCCCUGCCUCCUCCUCCUCCUCCUUCAAGAACCUGGUCCUCGAGCGCAAGAUCUCCGACGCGUUCGGCUCGUCUGGGCUUGCUAGGCAGUGCAGGAGCGGGGCGGGGAAGGAGAGGAGCCUGGGCGCGUUCUUCGAGCUGGCCACGGCGUGCUGCAGCCCGUCGCCGUCGCUGAGACCCAGCGCCAGGCAGGUACUCCAGAGGCUCCAGGAGAUCGCGCGGUGAAUGGAUGCGAGGACCGACUGGCGACUAUACAUACAUACUGAGUGUCUGCGUUGAUCGGUCUGCGAAAAGUGUCCUCCUGCCCCCCAGCCAGGAUAGAUGAUGAACCCAACAACGUGUUUCGUGGUGGGCGGUUUGAACCCCUGUGCUGUACAGUUUCACCGGGAGCAGACAGCAGAGGUGGUGGUGGUGGUGGUCAUCGCUGCUAGAUGAACAAGCAUCACUACUAGACUGUGUGUCUUUGAGUUUGUUCCUCAAAGUGGAAACGUACGAUCGUGGAGUACCUGCCCUGAAAAUAUGUAAAAAUGCUUGUAGUGAUAUUAGUGAACAGGGUACGUGUUGUAUUUCGAUAACACGUUACAGAG